UGACUCAAGCCAGUGCUCAAUACGAUCAAACGAUGACGACUUUAGUUCAGUCUAGCAAUCGCCCCCAAUUACGACAGCAUUGGAGGAUGAAGAAAGCUCGGCUCCUUCCGAGAACAAAUCGCGCUUUUUAACGAAAGAAACCCUCGCAGCAGUUGCAGUUGCAUUUUCCUUGGGUUUAAUCGCAGGCGGGAUUCUGCCGCAUAUGUUUAAACGCUGUGUGGAUUUUAGGAACCGUCGUCGUUCAAGACAAUCUCCUAAACGUAAGUAACUGUCUAAAUAACCCGUACAAGGAAGUGUAAAUGCAGUCAGGCAUCUUUACGUUGUUUUGCUUAGUCAAUUAGUAACGGAACGAGAAGAAAACACGGUUCCGUAACUGUCUACUUCUUGUCCCUCUCCACUACUGAUUAACUGAACCGAGAGUAGUAAGAUAUAUACGGGUAUUAUCUCUCCCGGGGUGGCAGGACGUGAAGGAGACUGUGCGCCGUGAAUUAUGUAAAUAGCCAAUCACAGAGCGUGUACUAUUCAUACGGAUAGAUAUGAAAAGUGUAUUUUCUCGAUUAUCUCAGCUUAGUUCUCGUGAACAUCAAACAUAAGCGUAUAAAAAGGAGGGGAAGGGGGCAUUUCGGAAAAGGGUGGAGGUGGGGUGGGAAGCCUUAAAUUCUCCCACAUUUACACCCGCCACAUGUAAGGUCCGGUCCGUUCACACCAAGGCUCAAAAAUAUUUAAAAAACAAUUUUUUAGUUACACAGGGUUUAAAUUUGUUUUCUUUAUGAAAGCUGAUUACUUCACUCUGUCGGUUGUAAAUUUUAUUGCAAUAACGUAACAUGUUUAAGUCAACUUCGUCCGGUCCCCCCAGGGCUUUUCUCGCUCCGUAGGGACGGGUAGGAGAAAACCCUUGGAACGAGGUUGGCCCAAAGGCCAUGGGAUCGAGGUUGUGUUAAAGUUAGUGUAAUCUUGUGUAAAACCCUGUGUUCUUGUUUUUCGUUACUGUUUUUAUUUUUUUAAAUCCUUAUUUGGCCGGUGUGAAAGGGGCAUAAUUUAGAUGUUAACCUAAUUUGCUUUAAUUCCAUCCCAAAGCACCACAACAGGAGACGCAGCCAAGUCUGACAGCAUUGCCGUUAGUAGUGGUUGGGAGUCCUGUUAGUGCUGAGAAUACAGACAUGCCAGUGACCUGAUGAUUCUCCUGGCGGAUAGCAGAAUCGGACGUUUUGUGGUAGAAUAUCAGAAAAAAAAAAUUACAAUAAAGAGAUUUCAGCUUAUUUGGUGUGAUCCGAUAGGCGUAUUGUGCGUCAAAUUACCGGAUUCUAGGCUUUUUAAAGACCUUUAAAAAAACCAAGGAAGAGUGAUCCCCCCAGAAAAAAUCCGAGGUCCCGACAGUGUCCGCUAUAAAGGGAGUUGACUGUAUUACGGGCUUACUGACACUUUUUCAGGUCCCGACAUCACAAUUCUUUUUGUUUUAACUUUCGUUGUAACGCCCGACUGUUACUGUUAACUUUAUUUUUACUCUGAGGGAGCGCAAUGUCUACUUUCAUUUGCUUUUGUGUAACUGUC